AUGCUCCUAAUAGGCGGCUGUUUCUUCGUUUUUUCCUCCUUUUCGUCCGGGUGGGGUGCCGUGGGGAGUGGGACUGGUGGGAGUCACGGUCAGACCAACGAUUCACACGUCAUCGUACCUCAAGUGAACCUCGUGGAGUGGCAUUAUAAGGGCCUCGAAAUAUACUUCGAUAUACUCCUCCUUCUCAUCUCCAUUUGUCUCUUCCGGACCUUCUAUCCCAAAGUGCCCCGCCUCCCGGACUAUGUUCCUCAGUCCAUCACUCUGAUCGUCGUUGGUGUCAUAUUUGGAGCCAUCAAAUUUUCAGGCAAAAAGAAUGCUUUUCGUAAUACCGUCUGGCAGCUUACACCGACCUACUUUUUCAAAUUUCUGCUUCCUCCAGCAGUUCUCGAUUCGUCCUACGCUCUCUACAAUCGAACAUUCGUCGACUACCUUGGAAGCAUACUUAUUUACGCUGUACUAGGAACAGUUCUCAGUUUUCUCCUCAUUGGAGGGAUAAUGUUCGGCCUGGAUGUGGCCGGUGCGAUGGAACCCGACAUUCCAGAAAUCACAAUCAAUAGUUACUUCCUCUUUGCCUCGAUGAUUGUCGCUGUAGAUCCGGUUGCAGUGUUAGAAAUUUUCCAAGAGACCGGUGUCAAUCUUGGUCUCUAUCACAUGGUCUUCGGUGAGUCUCUUCUCAACGACGCCGUGACAAUUGUCCUCUACAGCAUAAUGAAAGAAUUCAUAAAUAGUGAUUCCGUCUCUAGUGUCGAUGUUGGCAACGGCUUUGCAUCCUUCUUCACAAUCAGUCUUGGUGGACUGGGUGUAGGAGUCGCUUUCGGCGUCAUUUCCAGUAUUCUAACUCGCUUCAAGUCUGAAUUUUCUGCCUUACUCCUCAUACUCCUAGCUUAUCUUUCCUACAUUUUGGGAGACUGUCUCGGCUGGUCUGGUCUUAUUGCUAUGGUUGGCUGUGGCCUUGUUCAGGCUGCCUAUGCAUUCAACAACAUUUCCAAUGAUUCCCGGAUUGCACUGCGUCAGAUAGUAAAACAAAUAGCCGAAGUCUGUGAGAGCCUCAUAUUCUUCCUCAUUGGAAUUAGUUUAUUUGUCUCGGAUUUGCAUUGGAGCAGCGGCUUUUGUUUGUGGGGAAUUGCUAUCUGCGUGGUGGCGCGAACCCUCGUUGUCCUACUGCUCAGUUGGUUGAUCAACAUUUUUCGCAUCAAUGACAUGAGCAUCUCCUUUCGGGAGCAGUUCGUCCUCAUUUACGGUGGUCUCCGGGGUGCAGUUUGUCUGUCACUGGCCCUUCUUGUUGACGAACAGAAAUUGGGCAUCCAAGGAUUGGAGGUGAAACGUAUUAUCGUAACAGGCACUCUCUUUGUUAUCCUUGUGACAGUGGGUUUGUUGGGAAUGACGAUGAAACCUAUUGUACGUUUGCUACAUGUUAAAUUGUACCCGGGUCGGAAUCUCAGCCUCUUUGCGAUCUCUCUGGACCAGGUAGUAGACCAUGCACUCGUUGGUGUGGAGGGUGUUGUGGGCUCCAAGGGCCGUAAUCGCUUGCGAGCCUUCGUCACACGAAUUGAUGACAGUUUUAUUCGGCGCUUGCUCCAAAGGGACCCGGUUAGCCAUGAUGAGAAGAUUGUCAAAGUUCAUGAAAAAAUUGCCUUGAAGCUGCAUUAUGCGACAAUCUGUCCGAAGAAGUCGUCGCUUUACCUGACCGAUUUGGCACAACCAUUAGUUCGUCAGUAUUUGAGUGCCAGCGAAUCGUCCCCAGGCAUGUUUGCUAAAACUGACGGUGUCCAGCAGUCCGGCUGGAGUCUGGGCGGAGAGAUGCUACCUUCCCGGUCACAGGAGGAUCUGGACAGGGAAGUUCUUCAGCGGACUGGUGGGAGGAGAGCUAGCAUUUCACCCACUUGGAAAGACCAAGAAGAUUUUGAGAACACAUUCUUCGGAAUGAUGCGACGAAAGUCUGUAUGUAUCCAACUGAAGGAGGACGAAGAGGGAAAGAAAGAACUUCGGAAGAUGGAUGAAGCUGUGCAGGAGGAUAGGAAUAUCUUGAAAUUCUGCAGUAAUCAGUACCCAAAGAAAGAUUAUCCAAGCUUUAACUGA